GGUAUCUGUCGCUGUCCGUUUGAUUAACAUUAAAUACUUAAACUUGCCCUUAUUUUAAAUGUUUUGUUCAGUAUCUCUUUAGACUGAUAAAAGGGACACUAUGAGUCAGCGCUCAGAGCGACGAGGGAUCCAUGUGGACCAAUCAGAGCUGCUGUGUAAGAAAGGCUGCGGUUACUAUGGUAACGCUGCAUGGCAGGGCCUAUGCUCCAAGUGCUGGAGGGAGGAGUACCAGCGAGCUCGGCAGAGACAGAUCCAGGAGGACUGGGCUCUGGCUGAGAAGCUGCAGCGGGAAGAGGAGGCGGCUUAUGUCAGCAGUCACAGUUCCUCUCAGACCCAGCCUCCACAGUCCCAUUCUCAGCCCUCUCUCGCCACCUUCUCCAAGUUUGAGGAGAAGAAAACCAACGAGAAGACCCGUAAGGUCACCACCGUAAAGAAGUUCUUCAGCCCCUCCUCUCGCACGGCCCCUAAAAAAGUCCCCCUCGAAAAAGAAAGCGAGAAACGAGAGAAAGAGAAAGAAGAGAAGUUGCAGGGCAGGAGGGAGAGCCAUGGCGAAAACCUCCUGAGGGAUCUGAAGGGCAUUUUUACCCAACCCUGGGAGAUGGCCUCUCCCACUGAAGAAAGCCACGAGGGGAAAACGCCCAGUCCCUCCAUUACCCGCCAGUCCAGCAUCGAGACUGAUCGUGUGUCACGAGACUUCAUGGAGUUUCUCAAGACCUUACAGAAGCCCGGCAGAGAGAUCCACAAGCAGAGCCGUGGUUUCAUUGAGAGCAUGGGAAAUAAAAAGGAUCUCAGUGCUGAAGAACUGUCUGAGUGUGUGCAGGACUUCUAUCAGGGCAUGUCUGACCGACUCUUGAAUCAUUUUAAAGGCUCCUCUGAGAAAGUGGACAGAGUAAUGGACCAAGUGGAAAAAUACAUCAUGACUCGACUCUACAAGAGUGUCUUCUGUCCAGAGACCUCAGAUGAUGAGAAAAAAGACCUGGUCACCCAGCGCAGGAUUCGGGCGUUACACUGGGUCACCAUUCAGAUGUUGUGUGUCCCUGUGGACGAGGAGAUCCCUGAAGUCUCUGAUAGUGUAGUCAAAGCCAUCACUGAUAUCAUUGAGAUGGACUCCAAGCGUGUGCCCAGGGAUAAACUUGCCUGCAUCACCAGUUGCAGCAAGCAUAUCUUCAAUGCCAUCAGGGUCACCAAGAACGAACCAGCUUCUGCAGAUGACUUCCUACCCACCCUCAUCUAUAUUGUGCUGAAGGCCAACCCGCCACGGCUGCAGUCCAACAUCCAGUACAUCACACGUUUCUGCAACCCUUCAAGACUCAUGACCGGAGAGGACGGAUACUACUUCACCAACCUGUGCUGUGCCGUUGCCUUCAUAGAGAAGCUGGACGCCCAGUCGUUGAAUCUCAGCCCUGAGGACUUUGAGCGCUACAUGUCCGGUCAGGCUUCCCCUCGAAGGCAAGACGAUCCUGCAGCCUGGCCCCAGAGUGGUACCCGUGUCAACCCAGCACUUAGCCAGAUCCAUCAAAACCUCAAGCUCCUAUCCAACCUUGAGAAAAGACAGCAGCAGGUCAUCGAGGUGGCGCAGAACCUGCUGACAGAACUGGCAGAAUGGCAGGACAGCGUGGCCCGCGAGGUGCAGGAAAUCCUUGAGCGAUACCCACUGGAGAUCAAACCACGAGCAUCCGCGAUCGAUGCGGAGAAUGUGGAGAAUGACAGGCUGCCACCUCCCCUUCAGCCACAAGUGUUUGCAGGUUAGCGUAGUGUACUGUCCUCUGGAGUGAAUAAGCCAGCGACAUGGUCGUACCAAGACGGGUAAAGCAUUUUUAAAUGCAAUGGCUGUUCUUGUCCAAGUUCUCCACUCCUUUUCUCCCUGUAUUUGGGCUGUUACCAUUCCAUUUGUCUUUUAAAUGUGCUUACCCAGUCCCCCGUCAUAUCUUUUCUGCAAACAUAUUCUUGUCUGACCACAUUUGUGCAGCUGAUUCAUAAAGGAUGAGGCAGAGUUGUGAAACUAAAUAAGCUUUUCUAACCAGGCUUGAAAAGAUCUGUCAACAGUUUGAUCUACCUUAAUACGAGUUGUUUUAAAUAACUGAAUCAAAUAGCUGCUAAUACUUCCUCUCAAUGUGAUUGCAGGUUUUAUGUGAUCAUACACCACAUAUCAGCGUUUCUCUUGUAGAUAAGUCAUGUUCACUGUAGGGUGGUUCACCCUCAUGCCUUAGUGUGUAUUUCUCCUUGAUGAAGGUCUUUUUAUGGAUGUAUAAAAUGAUUUGCUGCUCAUACUGUAUAUUUAGGAAAUUUAAAGUUGAACUCCAUGCAGAUGUAUUUCACGGAAUUGAUCGGAUAUACUGUUGUGCGUAUGAUUCAGCAGUAAACACUAUUUACAUAGGAAUUUGUUUAUUUACAAAUGAAAAUAUAGGUAUAAAGCUGUGCAUUUUCUCACCUAAAUUUAUGCAAUUCUGUCAUGGUGUCUACAGGUAAAUAACAAGACCUUCUCCCAAGAUGGGGAUGACAUUAAUAUGUCUUGCAUGUGAUGUUGUCAGCAUUACAUUAACCCAAUUUAAUUGUGAUCAAGUUUAAAUUUUAAUACUGCCCCAGCUGUAACUGUAAAAGGUACUUAGCAAAAACACUAUAUUCAUGUGAAAAUAAUUGGUUUCAUUCACAGUAAUGAUUUUGAUUCAUGACCGUGUGUGAUAUUUUAACUGAACUGCUUUAUUUAUGAUGUAAAUAUAACUUGAGGUGUGUUAUUUUGUGUGUGAAUCAUUAUUUAUCAUUCUGGAGCACCAAAAUAAAUCAGCAAAGCACAAUGCUGACAUCUGAUGGCCAGCAUAGAAAUAUGUUUUAAACCCAAUGGCCCA